UGUUGUUCAUAAAGCAGCGCUUUCAACUUUCACAUUAUUGACAAUAUACGAUGACAUCAAUCACAAUGAUCAAUAACUCUGUAAAUUACUGGAUUAUAAAGUAAUAAAUAAACAGGAAGAAACUAUCGAUCAGACAAUGAACUGAUCGAUACUCUGAUAGUGCAGUGAACCCCCGCUGGAGGGCGCCCCCGCCCUCUCUGACACUGUGUGUGUAAUCUGAGCCUGUUGCCAUGGAGACUGAACAACCGGACCCCGAGUCACUGAACCGGGUUCAGAUCUGCUGGACUCUGCUGGAUUACUGUGUGGGGGGUUCUGGGGGGAAGAUGAUGUCCUCUAGUCCUCGUCCUGCAGCAGCCUGACCCCCGUCCUCCGGUCCCUCUGGUCUCUCCGGUCCUCCCGCCAUGCCGACCCGACAGAAGCGGAUCAUCCUGUCACUGUCCGGACUCUUCGGACUCUCGUGCGCCCUCACGGCUGCAGUCGCUACCGGACUUCCGUUCUGGCUCAACGGGACCGUGCUGUGCCGGACCGGGGCCGAGCUGGUCAACGCAACUGGACCCGAACUGGACAAGUUCCUGGGAGACCUGAACUACGGUCUCUUCCACGGACUGAGGGUCAAACAGUGCGGACUGGGAGGAAGACCGGCCCGCUUUUCAUUCUUCCCAGAUCUGCUGGGCGCCAUCCCAGCCGGGCUCCACGUCACCCUCAUCUUCUUCUGUGGUGUCGUCAUCCUCUUCUCCUCAGUGGCCACCGGCUUCUUCUUCUUCAACGCCUUCGGCAGACCCUACGAGACGCUGCAAGGCCCCAUGGGACUUUACCUGUGGACCGCCAUCUGCUUGUUGUGCAGCUGUCUGGUGAUGAUCCUGUUUGUGUCCGAGGUGAAGCUCCACCAUCUGACCGAGCGGAUCGCCAACUUCAACGAUGUGAACUUCGUCUUCCAGACAUACAGCGAGCGCUACGACCGGUGCUUCUGGCUCUUCUUCCUCAUCUUCCUCCUGCACGGACUGAACGUCCUGCUCAUCCGACUGGCGGGAAUUCAGUUUCCCUUCCAGGACGCCAAAGAGUCAGACCUGAGCGGGGGGGCUGCCGACCUCAUGUACUGAGUGAUUUCUAAGAUACGUCACAACAUUCAUCACUUCCUGUCUGAAAAACAAACUUCUGUAGUUUAAUGCUACAACUCCCAGAAUUCUGAGGCCAGCCAAACAAACUGUUGUGGUUUUAUUAAAGAGGUCAUCAAUUGAUUCCUAAGCUGGGCUAAUCUAGUUUUAAAAGAUAAAAGAGACAAAUAAUUAAAUUAGCUAAUGUUACUAAUCUACAUGAACUGUUUACAUUCAUCCAUAGUUAGCUAGUUACAGACGAUGGUUACAUCAGAAGCUUCCAUUGUCGUAUCAACAGACUUAAGGACAGAAUCAAAAAUAAAAUGCUAGCUAACUAGCCAGUUUACAAAUUAAAAAAAUGUAUUGGAGACCUGCAGAGACCAGUGACUUUAGGGGGCGUUGCCUUGACACCGACUGACCACAGCAGCAUAAUUUCAAUUCAAUUCAAUUCAGUUUUAUUUGUAUAGCGCCAAUUCAUAACAGAAGUUAUCUCAGGACACUUUUCAAAUAGAGCAGGUCUAGACCAAACUCUUUAUAACAUUAUUUACAGAGACCCAACAGUACCACCAUGAGGAAGACUUUGGCGACAAGGGCAAGGAAAAACUGCCUGUUAAAAGGCAGAAACCUAGGACAGAUCCUUCGGCUCUAGGUGGUUGGGAGAGAGAGAGAGAGAGAGAGAGAGAGUGUAAUGGAGAAUGAGCUCAGUAAACAGUUUCAAUGAGUUUCUGGUCUCAGUCUCUAGUUUCAGUCUUCUUCCAUACAGCAUGAUGUUCAUUUAGUAACUGAUGGUCCCAUUUAGAGUAAAACAGACCAUAAAGCAGGGUGUGCUUUAGGGCGGGACUACCUUGUGAUUGACAGCUCAUUCUCAGUGAGUCCGUCCAGCUCAACCAAACUCAGAUCAAACUGUCAAACAGUGCUGAUCAGAUAUGGAUCCAGAUUCUGUUGUUGACUCUUUCUCUCCUCAAAUCUGUUCACAAACACAUUUUACUGUUUAUCUGGAAUACCAGAUCCUGUGUGAGCAGGAGAGACGCCAUUGUUUCCAAACCAAGAGCAGCCAAUGAGAGCAGCUCAACUCGCAGUACGUGACCUCUCAUACCCUUUGAUGAGGUAGAAGGAAGAGAUGACUUUUAUUGUGAAAUUAUACUUUUCCAGCUCAGACACAUUAUUGAUUAUUUGUAUCUGUUAACAACGUCUGGAUGGGUCUUUAAAUACAACAGGCUGACUAUGUGCAGUUUAUAGACUGCAACUAUUUUUAUUAUUGAUUAUUUCUUGAUUGAUCCAUUAAAGGUUUAGUCUAUAAAACGUCUUUGAUGUCUCGUUUUGUCUGACCAGCGGAAACCAUCGGAUCAUUCAGUCAAUCAAUAAGUUGGUUAAAAGUAUUUACAUUUAUUCGGUUAUCUGUUUAUUAUUAUCACUUUGGGCAGUUUGUCCUUAUUUACCUUUAUAAACUCUGAACAUAAAAUUAAAUACUGCGUACUCUACCUGCUGACAGACAGCCUGACGGACUGGACCUGGACCAUCCAGGAUCAGGUCUUUGCAGGCUGUUGGAGGCUCAUCCUGAUGUUUGGAUCUGGAUCGUUCUCUUCCUCCUCCCUUAACCAGGUCUCCAUCUGAAUGUCCUCCUGGAUCCACAUUCUACACAUUUAUUUUAUAAUCAUCACAAAUUGUGUCAUUAAUAUUUGAAUAUGAUUUAAUUUCAACAGACAAAAGGGACAUGAAAGACCAGAAAUAUCCAGCAGUGUACAAGAUCUGUUAAUCAUACGACACAAUGUUAUACAAUAUUAUAUGAUCAAUAAAAUCCGUCAAAGAUCA